AUGGACGAAGAGAGCUCACUUCUCUCCCCUCCCUCUCUGAAAUUCGACCACUGGGACGAUGCAAUUCAUGGCUACAGAGAGACGGAGCGUCUGAGGUGGGCUCCGCCGUGUGAGGAGAUCCUGAACCGUGUCCGGUCUGUGGCGUUUCCUCGGGGCGCUCCUCUUCUGGGGCCCGUGCACGUUCUGGAUUUGGACAAAGCUGGCUACAUCAAGCCCCACGUCGACAGCGUCAAGUUUUGUGGCAGCACCAUUGCUGGUUUGAGUCUUUUAUCUGACAGCAUCAUGCGUUUAGUAAAGGAGAAUGAGCCAAGUGAAUGGCUGGAUCUGCUGCUGACUCGUCGCUCCCUCUACAUACUGAGGGACCAGGCCAGAUAUGACUUCACUCAUGAGGUCCUUAAAGAUGAAGAGUCAGUUUUCAACGGACACAGGGUGCMGCGGCAGCGCCGGAUCUCCAUUAUCUGUCGUAACCUUCCAGGCUAAUGCGUUCAUGCUCUUCGUUAGAAUAAGAGCAUAAUGUAGACAGUUAAAGAAAAUCUUACCAGAUAAUAUUGGGAUAUCAAAACCAAAACAAUCUGCUUUGACUGAGUUGGUAURAAAUUGUAUUUAUAUAACACCAUCAUUCUGAUGUGUUUUUCUCUUUCUGUAUAAUACAGACACUCUUUUGGAAGUAUUGAAACAACUUUUCAUCUAAAAGUAAUGUUUAAAUGAAAAUUUUAAUAUUGACUUCCAAAAUUUAAUUAUUUUAAAACAAUAAAUGUUGAAAGACCGUAAUCCAGCUGUAUUAUUUUUUUUAAAUAACUUGGUUGAACGGUGUAUAAAGUAGCUUAUAUAUAAAAGCUACUUUUGCAUAUAUACACACAGUGUAUAUAGACACACAG